UGCUGUUCGCACGUCGGGCCCCGUUGCUGCGUUACGGCGGCCUCGUCCUGAACUUUUUGAAACUAUUUCCAAAAUCAGCUAGCUAGAGAGCUCGUGUGAGAGAGAGACAGAGAGAAAGAUAGAGAGAGAGAGACAUCCGACGUAACCAGCCGGGAGGGAGAGAAAGAGAGAGAAAGAGAGCGAGUCUAACGUGCUGCGUCAGGCAUUAACUCUCUCGAAGCGACGCGACGCGUUCAUCAUUCUUAUCCUUCCCCUCUCUUUCUCUUCUCUCGCUUCGAUUCCGAGCAGCACGUCAACGAGGGUCAAAGCGAGUUCGAAACGCGUGUUCGACGGUCAAACUCGACGACGGUGAUUCGGUUGUGAGGUGAAUUGAAAGAAAUCGGUGGUUGCCCGUUGAAAACUGUCCUCGGAAGACGGGGACGAAAGAAGAGGCCAGAGAGACGGAUCCGACACGUCCGUAGGAAGAUUUCGAAGAAAGCUACCUCUCCUUGCAGGAAGGGAAAAAAGCUGAUCGUGCAAUAAGCGCGAACUUGCCUGUUAGAGAAAGCAAAACGACCACGGAAUCGAAAGGAUUUAGUCGGUUUUCGACGUGGAUUAUUGGGAAACGGCUUGCUGCCGGCAGUGCUCGAUCGAAAAAAAAGGAACACGCUGAUCGAGGAGAGCAAUGGCGGUGUUUGGGCUGGUCUCGGCGGUGGCCGGGUUCGUCAAAGUACGGUAUUUAGUGGACAAGGCGAUCAUCGAUAACAUGAUAUUCAGGGCGCACUACAGGAUCACCUGUGCUAUCCUGUUCGCCUGUUGCAUCAUUGUCUCGGCUAGUAACCUAAUAGGUGAUCCGAUACACUGCCUAAGCGAGGGAGGUGUACCAGAGAACGUGAUAAACACGUACUGCUGGAUCACGUACACGUUCACACUGCCGCAGAACAGUGGGAAACCAGUGGGCACGCACGUGGCUCACCCCGGUCUUGGCGGUGACAUUGGGGAGAAGAGGUAUCACUCGUACUAUCAGUGGGUACCGUUCAUGCUAUUUUUCCAAGGCGUGCUGUUCUACAUGCCCCAUUGGAUAUGGAAGCAGUGGGAGGAGGGCAAGGUCAGAAUGAUAUCCGAGGGCAUGAGGGGAGCCUCGAUGGAUAACAAGUCCGAGCGACAGGCGAAAUCUCUUCGGCUGGCCAAGUACAUUUGCGACACUUUACACCUGCACAACACUUACGCGGCUGGUUACUUCUUCUGCGAGGCACUCAACUUCGUUAACGUGGUGGGGAAUAUAUUCUUCGUCGAUACGUUCCUCGGUGGUGCUUUCCUCUCUUACGGAACGGACGUACUGAAGUUCAGUAACAUGAACCAGGAGCAGCGCACCGAUCCCAUGGUCGAGGUGUUCCCGCGAGUAACCAAAUGCACCUUCCAUAAAUUCGGUGCUUCCGGGACCAUUCAGAAAUUCGACGCCCUCUGCGUCCUGGCCCUGAACAUUCUCAACGAAAAGAUCUACAUCUUCCUCUGGUUCUGGUUCAUCAUUCUAGCCGUAUUGUCUGGCGUCGCUCUCCUCUACAGCAUGGCGGUGGUGUUGCUGCCUAGCACCCGGGAGACCAUCCUCAAGAAGCGAUUCAAAUUUGGCACGCCGGACAGCGUCAGCGCGCUCAUCAGGGAGACACAGGUCGGCGACUUCCUGUUGCUUCAUCUACUGGGACAGAACAUGAACGUGAUGAUGUUCAACGAUGUAUUGGACGAGAUCUGCCGUCAGUUGAACGUCUGCUCAACGAGCGGCGCGUCACCGACAUCGGUGCCCUCGGCGCCCAGCACACUCGAGAUGUCACCCAUUUACCCGGAGAUAGAAAAAUACGCGAAAGACACCGAGAUCUAAACGCUUCGAGCCCUCGUUCCAAUCGUAUUUCAGCCUUCUAUUUUGCAUUGUGAUAAGGCCGACGGUGUUUGGAUCCUAUCCCGACACUUUCGGUCUCUCUCUCGAGAAACACGUUUGUGCUAUCGACGGUCGGUUUCAUCGAAACGGAAGGGAAGUGAUGUCGAAAACCGCGACAAGAACGAGAUCUUGCCGAAACUUUCGCUUUCGAUCUGUGUAUAUGCGCCAACAAAGAAUUUUGCUUGCCGUCCGAGAAAAUUGUUGCCAAACGGUAGCUCGCCGUAAGGUGACAGUGUUCAAUUACGAAUCUGUUAUUACGCCCGUGUGUUGUUUCACACCAUCUAUAGCACAAACUAGCGUUAGGUUAUCGAACGAAUAUGUAACGUAGACGAUAACGCGCGACGCUUUUAGACUGGGCAAUGCGUGUGUCGCGUGCGAUCGUCUAUCGCUGUUAAAUUAUAGUAAGCCGAAUUUCACACGCAUAUAGGUGUUCGCCGAUUAUCCUCUAAUGUUACGCGUAACGUAAUCGCGUUCGCCACCCUGUAGUCACGGACUGCGUCCAUUAAGAGCACGAUAAUAACACCGUGAAUGAUCGUCGUGGAAUUUCAAAGGGGCGAACGCGGUUCAGAACACCUUUUCCUUUUAUUUUCUUCGUUUUCCUUCCAACAAAAUCAAUCGUUACGCGUGGAUGUUCGCAUCGAACGUGUUCCUCAAUUCCUAUUUUGUGUUACACGUGCACACAUUCCUUUUGUAUUAAUUCGCGUGUAUUCGCGAUGAAGAUGUAAGUGCCUUUCGGGAAGUGUGUCAAGCUGCGUCUAACGUUCCAUUUGUCGAUGGAGCCAUUGCAAUAUAUAUUAUUCGUUUACGAUAUCGACAAGUGUUCAACAAGCGACAUUCGAAUAUACUUUCGAUUUACGAAAGAGAAGCGGUUAUAACGUGGUAUUAUUAGACAGAUCACUAUUUUUUUUAGUUGAACGUAGAAUGAGACUGUGCGAGCUUUUCUUUUCUUUUUUUUUUCCUUUUUAGAAAUUAUAGAAAUAAAUACGAGUAUUUCUAAGGAUACUAAUUCUCAAAAGAGCUCUUGUAUUUUUUACGUAUCUGAAUGUAGGCGUUUCGUUCUGUGUAACAUGCAUAGCGAAAUUAUGCAAUCUUUCGUUUGAAGAUACUGUGCAUUCUCUUAAAAUUAUUUGCGACGUGUGUGGAUUGAAUACGGAUAUGUGUUUUCCUUUUCUUUUCCGUAUUUUCGUGUAACUGGUGCAAUUGUCGUAACGAGAGGAAUCAACGCGGGAUGUUGUUACGUUUUGUGGCGAGGUUAGCGCGAGUAAUGUCAAACUUCAUUAAAAAAAAAAAAAGAAAAAAAAUUACACUUGUCGUUGGAGACAUUCCCGAUUAUUCGCAGCAAUGAUCCGAUAUUUUAUAAAACACACAUACGUAAUUUAUAUAUAUUUAAAUUGAUAUAGAUUUACGAAUAUAGAACGGACCUUUAUUCAAUUUCGAUGGCACGUACCAUCGGGUCAAACUGACUCCACUUGCAAGUGAAAUUGUACAAAGAGUUGAAAUCCGAGAAAAUUGGAAAAUCCGUCACUCGUUUCUCAAUGUCUCGAAAGCUUCGUUAAAGGAACAUUUACACACCUUGAACGUUCGUUGAAAAUUCCGUUUCUUCUUUUCUCUGUUUUUCCCGAAACGAAGCAUAAUAGCGCUCCAUAUAUCUUCACGGCGUAAACUCACACUGUUCAAUGCUCACGUUUGUCGUUUCCACGAUUCACCGUUCGUCUCCGACUGUGCUCGCGAGAAUAAUGUAAUGCUGCCGAUAAGUAUAUGCAAUGACAAUAAUAUAACUGUACGACUAUCCGCUAGUUUAUCGUAGUUGGUAAAAAAAAAAAAAAAAAUAAUAUGUUAUAUAUGCUACUGUUAGUCCCGUUCUAAGUGAUAGAUUAUGAUAGAUACGUGUAAGAUUGAACGAGACCGAUUGUGCCUUCUUUAUAGCAUAUGGAGAACCUACUUUAGCGAGUUCUUUUUUUUUUUAUAGGACGUGUUUAUAGAUUGAUUAAAUGCUCAUUCGUAACGAUUGCCGGCCCAAGUCGACGCAAAGACUGCCAAUAACGCGCAACGUUGGAUGUAACGGGAGCAAAGCAGACAAAUAUAAAGAAAAAUGAACCAAUUGUAGAAUAAAGAAUAUACUCUUUCUAUAUACA